ACACCUUGGAGGCCCAGGAGCGCACCUCAAAGCUGGGAACGUGGGGAGGCACCAUGAAAGCCCUGAAGAAGGAAUCCCGUGUCAAAAUACCGACCGGCAGGUUCUUGGAGGCCGCAGAGAGCCUCAAAGAAAAAAAGCGGACAAAGGUAGCUGAGCUGCCCACGCCCCCAAUUCAGGAAGAGCCUGAGCCUGUCAGCAAUGUUUUACAAGGAGAUGACAUUCUUGCCUUGGCCAUUAAGAAGGAAGAUUUGAAGAAGCAACAUGCUCCUCGGUUUGCAGAAACAGGAGAAAAGCCUGUCGUUACGCAGAAAUUUUUCAUCCGUAAGAUCAAACCAAAGGACUCCAGCAGAAAGGUCUACCACUUGGUAGCGCAUCCUGCGAAUCCAGAUGCCACCGCAAAACCUCUGGACUACUCUGGUCCCGCUGACAGCUUUGUAAGCAGUGGCCAGAUCCUGCCUCAUCAGAUCUUGGGGAGUCUCCAGGAUUUUAAAAGAAUUGCACUUGCCCGAGGAAAUAUCCAGCUGGCUAAGCUGAUACGUACCCAGCCCUGUCUCAUGACCCUCAUCUCAGCUAAAGAAGAGCCAAAGCCAAAGGCCCCAAAGGAAGAAGAAAAGAGGCCGCUGUGGGCUCCACCUCUUCAGCACAACUUCCUGAGGAACUGGAGGCGGCACAUUGCCUUGUGGAAGAAGCAACAGGAAGCUCUCAGUGAGUACCUGAAGAAGCCAGCGAGUGAGCUGUUGAUGCACUCUGGGGAGAGCUACAGAAAGAUCCAGGAGGAGAGGGAGCUCAUUGACCGUGCACUUCCGACCCAGCAUGACAGAAAAGGCUUUAAUGCAACCAAUUGGUUCUGGAGUCCACUGGAAUAUCUGGGAGAUGAGGUGACAGGUCUUCUCAUAACCAAAACAAAAAGUCAGCGUGGCGUGGUGGACCCCAUCACACACAUCAGGAAACCCCACGCCAUCAAAGUGGAGACUGGAUUACCAGCCCAGAAGGAUGCUUGGUACCGCAACACCUGGGACCGGAGUCUGUUUCUGAUCUACCGACGCAAGGAGCUACGGAGUAUCAUGGCAGAACUGGAUUUCAGCCCGCAGGAUAUCGAUGGCCUGGAGGUGGUGGGCCGUGGGAAGCCCUUCUCAUCUGUCACCGUGGAAGAGCAUUCUUCGUCACUUGAAAAGAGCCAGAAGAGCUCUUCUGAAGACACCACGUUUCUGGACUCAUUGACCAACCUCUCCGACACAGUCCCUAUGCCUAUUCUUGGUCCUUCGCUGCUGUUCUGUGGGAAGCCAGCCUGCUGGAUCAGAGGCAGCAACCCAGAUGAAAAGAAAAAUGUCGGAAUUGGUGUCCGCCUGACAUUUGAAACCCUUGAAGGGGAGAAGACAUCUUCAGAACUGACUGUGGUCAAUAACGGCACCGUGGCCAUUUGGUAUGACUGGCGACGGAGGCCCCAGCCGGAUUCUUUCCAGGACCUGAAGAGAACUAGGACACAGCGGUUUUACUUUAACAACCGGGAAGGUGUGAUUCUGCCUGGGGAAACCAAACACUUUACCUUCUUCUUCAAGUCCCUGAAUGCUGGUAUCUUCAGGGAGUCUUGGGAGUUCGGGACCCAUCCUAUCCUCCUGGGAGGUGCUGUCCUUCAGGUUACUCUCCAUGCCAUCUCACUGACCCAGGACAUUUUUAUGGAUGAAAGGAAGCUGCUGGAGAGUAAGCUGGCUGCCCACGAGGCGAUCACCAUUGCACAGAGCGUGCUUCAGGAGUUACUGAGGGGCAUCUUGACUCCAGAGCGCGUACCAUCCCCCGUGGAUGCCUAUCUUACUGAGGAGGACUUAUUCCACUACAGGAAUCCUCGGUUGCAUUACCAGCACCAAGUGGUACAAAACCUGCACCAGCUGUGGCAGCAGUACACAGAAGCCAAGGUGAGCCAGGAGGGUCCCCUCAGCUCCAGAGCUCGGUUCCCCCCAGUGCCAUUGGUGUUUGUUGAGCAGGCCCCUGAAGACCUCCAUCACCCGAUGAGCAGCAAGAACGCCACCGUGUUGGAGUACCCACCCCUGCAACCUCGUCAGGAGACCCGCAGGGAUCCCGGAGACGCCUUCCUGAUUCAGAAGGCUGGUGUAGGCACCAAGAGCGUGCCGAGGAAGAGCAUCAUGGAGGAGAUUCUGGUGGAGGAGGGUCCCGACAGGGAGAGUGCCAGGAGCCCCUGGGAGCUGGAAAGCCUUCCUCCGCCUCAGUGGAACCUCUGCCUGGAGGACUUCAGAAAGGCCGUGAUGACCUUCCCUGAGGAGCCCCUGAGAGAGGAUGCCCUCAUCCAGCUCAACAAGGCAGCUGUGGAGCUGUGCCAGGAGCAGAAGCCGCUGCAGUCUGAUCUCCUGCACCAGAUGUGUUUGCAGCUGUGGAGAGACCUGAUUGACAGCCUGGUAAGCCAAUCCCUGUGGCUGAGGACUCUCCUGGGCCUGCCUGAGAAGGAGACGGUUUAUUUGGAUGUUCCAGAAGAACAAGGUCAAAAAUCCCCUCCUGUCACGGAAGUGAAGGUGGCAGUGGGGAAAGUUGGGAAGGAGGAGCGGAAAGGGGCCGCCCAGGAAAAGAAACAGCCGGGAGUCAGAGACAAAGAGGAAAAAAAGGGAGCCAAGACACCAGGCAAAGAGGACCGCCUGAAUAGCAAGAAACAGAAGAUAAAGGACGACAAGAAAGUGGUGAAGUCUACAAGCCGGGACAGGCUCCUCUCAGAAGAUCCUGCCCCUGACAGCACGGCCCCUUCACAGGAGCCCAUAGACCCCCUGGUCAUGGAGAAAUAUACCCAGAGGUUGCAUGCUGAGGUCUAUGAGUUGCUGGACAUCCUCGUGACCGACAUGAUGGUUCUGGCUGAUGAGCUUGGCCCCAUAAAGAAUGCGAAAGACCCUUUUCAUUUUUGCAGCUGAUUCCUGGGCCCAAGCUGCCUCCUGGGAAAAUGGUUAGAAAAAAAAGUCAAUAAAGGAUCUUUAGGUUCA